AUGUGUCACCUGGAAACAGUUCGUCAGUAUGACAAUGAGGCACUCUCAGACUACAUGAAACGUUUCCAGGAAGCAAUCAACAAAAUUUCCAACCUGGAUGAGCGUGAGGCUCUGAGCAUAUUCCGAAGGAACCUGGACCCGGAACAAAAUGAGAGAUAUGUGGUCGAGUUGAUCAACAAGGAACCCCAGAGCCUGGCAGCUGCCUAUGCCAUGGCCGCAAAAUUCAUCAAGGAGACCGAUGUGCUCCAAGCAAUGAGGAUGACCCGACAGGGAAGUUCAAAAGGGAAGCAGGUCGAGGAUAGACCCCGGAAAGAAUAUCACCAGGAUAAGAAAUUCAAACCGGACAGACAGACAAACUUCAUCCAGCAAUCAGGUUCCAAGAGGACCAGCCAACAGGGAUCCGGGUCCAGAAGUGACCCCGGUCCAAACAAAGCAACCAGGGAACCAAAACCAGAGCCCGAAUGGACUCCUCUAAACAGAUCCCGCGAGGACAUACUCAAGGAGGUCAGGGAAAAACCCUUCUACUACCCACCAAAACCCAUGCAGACUCCUCCUGAAAGCAGACCCACCAACAGACACUGUGACUAUCAUGGCACCCAUGGUCACAAAACCGAAAACUGCAUAUCCCUCAAGUACUUCAUUGAAGAGCAGAUCAGUAAAGGAAACAUGGGACAAUACGUAGCCCGGAACACGGCUGACAAAACAGGAGGAUCCGGGAAGCAGAAAAACGUUGUCAACGUGGUACUGGGCGGAUCCUGCUCCCCUCCCCCCAGCCCGAACUCCUGUCAAGAAAUCAUGUCCAUCCAAGCCUUCCCCGAACAAGUCAUCUCCUUCAGCAGCAAGGACUUCGAGGGAGUCACCCGGGGUCACAAUCAGGCCCUGGUGGUAACCUUGGAUAUAGCCGAGAAUGAGGUCAGACGCAUCCUAGUCGACAACGGCUCUUCAGCAAACAUCUUGUUCAAACAUACCAUGGACCGAAUGCAACUAGGGAACAUCCGGAUGAACGACUACAGGGAGGACCCUUUAUAUGGAUUCGGGAACAGCAUUGUCCCGGUCCUAGGAACCCUUUACCUCCCGGUCCGUUUUGGCACAGCCCCAACCCAGGUUGGCAGAUAUCAUCUGCGAGAUCAAAUACCCGGAGUGGCUAGCUAA